AAGGUGGGUGACCACCGCCUCAGCAGCGCCCCAAAUGGGUGACCAUCAGAACAUUACAACGAGAAUUGAGGCCAGCUGUGACUGCAAUUAACUCCUGCGCAGUGACCUCGAAACCUGAAUUUUGUACUUCCUUCGACCUGGGUUGAGAACCCAAAGGCCUUCUUGCCCCUCUGUCGUGAUUACCAGCAGAUUCUGGACCUACAUAGAGCAUCUAUCACUCCAGACAAUACUCGGAUUCCUGUAAACUUGCUCCCCAACUUUGCAAUGUAAUAUUGUUCUGCUUCCAAGUCGAGGCAUGGUCAGCCCGAUUCGGAGCUCACGCUGCGCUGCCCCACCAGGGGGCUCGUGCUUCGAGCGUGCGGCGGUGACGACCAACUGUCCAGGCACCGCCGCACCAGAGCUUACAGUCAACACUCCGCCUCUGCACUCUCCAUUCCAGCCCCUGUAUCUCGUGUCGAGCUCCAGCAAAGAUGGCGGAAGCUCCAAUUGUCCUCGACGGCGGCACCGGUUUCCUCAAGGUUGGCUAUGCAGGACAGAACUUCCCAGAACACCAGUACCCAUCCAUCGUGGGCCGACCGAUCCUCCGUACCGAAGAGCGCGAUGGCGGUGACAUACAGCUCAAGGACAUCAUGUGUGGAGAUGAAGCAGCGGCAGCGCGCUCUAUGCUUCAGAUCACGUACCCUAUGGAGAAUGGUAUUGUCAAGCGCUGGGAUGAUAUGACACAACUAUGGGACUACACCUUUGCCGAAAAGCUCCAAAUCGAUCCCACAGGCCGCAAGAUCCUCCUCACAGAACCACCGAUGAACCCCCUGAAGAACCGCGAGACCAUGUGCGAGGUCAUGUUCGAGCGCUACAACUUCGGUGGUGUAUACGUGGCUAUUCAGGCCGUGUUGGCCCUGUACGCGCAAGGUCUGUCCUCUGGUGUCGUAGUGGACUCUGGUGACGGUGUCACACAUAUCGUUCCCGUCUACGAAUCGACUGUCCUGAACCACCUCACUCGCCGUCUGGACGUCGCUGGGCGUGACGUAACCCGCAACUUGAUCGCGUUGCUGUUGCGAAGAGGAUACGCGCUGAAUCGAACCGCCGACUUCGAGACUGUCAGGCAAAUCAAGGAGAAGUUGUGCUACGUCUCCUAUGAUCUUGAACUGGACCAGCGUCUUAGUGAAGAUACAACGGUCUUGGUCGAAUCAUACACAUUGCCUGAUGGUCGUGUCAUUCGUGUUGGCAGCGAGCGCUUCGAAGCACCCGAGUGCCUUUUCCAGCCUCACUUAGUCGAUGUCGAGCAGCCUGGUAUUGCCGAAUUCUUGUUCAACACCAUUCAAGCAGCAGACGUCGACGUCAGGAGCAGUCUGUACAAGGCAAUUGUUCUCAGCGGUGGCAGCAGCAUGUACCCAGGUCUGCCCAGUCGUCUGGAGAAGGAGCUCAAGCAGCUAUGGCUGACAAAGGUUCUGGGCGGUAAUCCCGAGCGUCUCAAUAAAUUCAAGGUUCGCAUCGAGGACCCGCCCCGGCGACGACACAUGGUCUUCCUCGGUGGUGCCGUACUUGCGAACAUCAUGGCCGACAAAGAGAACAUGUGGAUAUCGAAGGCAGAGUGGGAAGAGCAGGGAACACGUGCGCUGGAGAAGCUGGGUGCGAGAUAACCAUAAGAAGAUAUCCUGCAUCAUAUGGCACAGUGAUCACCCUCCACAACCUGAACAAACAAACGACAACUACAAACAUGCAGC